CGCGGCUGAGGCGGGAGCGGGCCGGAGCGGGCGCAGUGUGCCGGCGCGGCGAGGCAGCGGGACGGCCUCCAUCACCUCGUCAGUACAUGAGAAACUAAAGCAGCAGUAACAAAGGUUCAGAAAUGUUGACAAAUGAGUGAUGUAUUCCACAUGAGAAUUAGUGUCUGCUCUGUACCUUGGCAAGAAAUUUGAAUGCAGAAGGGUUAAAGUGGGGGGAAAAAACCAAACCCAGAAACAUUGUUGACUGGAUAGAUUUUUCAACAUGAAUCGUGCUUUUAGCAGGAAGAAAGACAAAACAUGGAUGCAUACUCCUGAAGCCUUAUCAAAGCAUUAUAUUCCCUAUAAUGCAAAGUUUCUUGGCAGUACGGAAGUGGAGCAGCCCAAAGGCACAGAAGUUGUAAGAGAUGCUGUUAGAAAAUUAAAGUUUGCAAGACAUAUCAAGAAAUCUGAAGGCCAGAAGACGCCCAAAGUUGAAUUACAAAUCUCAAUCUAUGGUGUAAAAAUUCUAGAUCCAAAAACAAAGGAAGUCCAGCACAACUGUCAGCUCCAUAGGAUAUCGUUUUGUGCUGAUGAUAAAACUGACAAGAGAAUAUUUACUUUCAUAUGCAAAGACUCAGAAUCAAAUAAGCAUCUGUGCUAUGUAUUUGACAGUGAAAAGUGUGCGGAAGAGAUAACUUUAACAAUUGGUCAAGCAUUUGACUUAGCUUACAGGAAAUUUCUGGAAUCUGGAGGAAAAGAUGUUGAAACAAGGAAACAAAUUGCAGGUUUACAGAAAAGAAUUCAAGAAUUAGAAACUGAAAACACAGAACUGAAAAAUAAAGUUCAAGAUUUGGAAAAUCAGUUAAGAAUAACACAAGUACAUGCAUCACCACUGCUGCACAUAAAGUGUGAUAAUGAUGAACAUAUGUUUCAAAGACCCUCUACUUUUUUCUGGUGUAACAAUGAGGAUUCACCUCCUUGUUUAGAUAUCUCUUCCAUUACGCUUACUCCUAGGAGUUCUCCUGACUCUAGACUACCAGCUGGAUUGUUAAUACCACCACCUUCAAAAAGUGGUCUUCCAAAGCCAACCAGUGAAUACAGCUGCCCAAGACCUCGUGCAGGCAGUGUGACACCUAAAUCACCCUCCACUGACAUCUUUGAUAUGGUUCCCUUUUCUCCCAUAUCCCCUCAGUCAUCAACACCUACUCGCAAUGGUACACAGCCUCCUCCAGUACCCAGUAGAUCUACAGAGAUCAAGAGAGACCUUUUUGGAGCAGAACCUUUUGACCCUUUUAGCUGCGGAGCAGGAGAUUUCCCUCCAGACAUUCAGUCCAAACUAGAUGAGAUGCAGCGUCAGCGAUGGAGGGGUUCAAAAUGGGAUUAACUCUUGAAGGCACAGUAUUUUGUCUUGACCCACUAGACAGCAGGUGCUGAUGCCAAGAAACUAAAUGUGAAAUUCCUACGCAGUGGUUUGGUUUUUUUUUUUUUAAUUCUGAGUACUAUUCACAAAUAUUAUCCAUGUGCCAAAAAUUGCUUUUUCAACAUGUAAACUCUUGUGAGGUUUGCUUCUGUAAAAAUCCAACUUAGUUCCAGUCUUUCCCUGUACAAAUGUAAAAAGUUGUGUUUCUUUAUGAAAUAUGAAUUAAAUUACGCUGUUGUGUUUCUCUCUCUC